AGCAGCAGAGGCAGGGUGUUAAUGGUGGGCUGCGCGUCAGUGAGGGGGGAGAUGAGAACUGUGCAUCCAUCCGUGAGGAAAGUCAUAGUGUCAACACUAUUUAGCCGUACAGUAAGGCUGCUAUGGUCGUCUACAUCUGGAGUUUGAACAUUAGCUACAAAGACACUUCUGAGCUCAAUCAAAGUGCAAAUGUCAGUUCAGAAGACGCCCUAGAGCCCCACGAUCCCCCACCCGGCCUGAGCCGAACCGGCCACACGGUGACCGCCGUCUGCCUCGGAAUCAUUCUGGUGUUUGGAUUCCUCAACAACCUGUUCGUCCUGCUCAUCUUUGCGAGGUUUCGCUCGCUGUGGACACCUAUAAACCUCAUCCUGCUGAACAUCAGCGUGAGUGACAUACUGGUCUGUUUGUUUGGGACUCCCUUCAGCUUCGCUUCCAGUCUCUAUGGGAAAUGGUUGUUGGGAUAUCACGGCUGCAAAUGGUACGGGUUCGCCAAUUCGCUUUUUGGUAAGUUUCCUACUGAAGUUCAUCCAACAGGAAUUGUGUCUCUGAUGUCUCUGUCCAUACUAUCAUAUGAGCGUUAUGCCGCCCUGCUGCGCCCCACCAAGGCAGACGUGUCUGACUUCCGCAGGGCCUGGCUCUGUGUGGCCGGAUCCUGGCUCUAUUCACUGGUGUGGACUCUCCCCCCGUUCCUGGGCUGGAGUAGCUAUGGACCUGAAGGGCCCGGGACAACAUGCUCAGUGCAGUGGCAUCAGCGCUCAGCCAACAGCAUGUCUUAUGUGAUGUGCCUGUUCAUCUUCUGUCUGCUUCUACCCCUAAUGCUCAUGAUCUUCUGCUAUGGCAAAAUCCUGUGCAUUAUUAAAGGGGUAACUAAGAUCAACCUGCUGACUGCACAGAGGAGGGAGAACCAUAUCCUUCUCAUGGUUAUCACCAUGGUCUCCUGCUAUCUGCUGUGCUGGAUGCCGUACGGGGUGGUGGCUCUGCUGGCCACCUUUGGCAGGAGGGGAGUGAUCUCUCCCAUAACCAGCGUGGUGCCAUCAGUCCUGGCCAAGAGCAGCACAGUGGUCAACCCGGUCAUAUAUGUGCUUUUCAACAGCCAGUUCUACAGGUGUUUCUUAGCAUUUCUGAAGUGUCAUGGAGAUCCAUCUUUUCACUGCCAGAAUCCUCAGCACAGCAGCAAAGAGGAUCCUCAUGUGCUCAAGCCCUGUGAUGGGCCCUCAUGGCAUCGUGGCAUCAAGGGCUCCCAGAAAAAAGAGCAGCACACCCUGGCAUUAGUGGUCCAUUACACCCCCUGACACUCUCAAAGACUGCCCAGGCUCUUUACAGAUCAGCAUUUAUGAUGCAGUAUAAUGAAAACUGACAGUGUGAUGAUUGUUCCAAUAUCACCACAAAGUUUCAUAUGACCAGUGUAUCAGAAUCCCUGAGUAGGACCGAAACAAGACUUAAAAUUAAUGUGCACUGUGUCAGGUUAACAAAUACUCUAGAAAAAAAUAAUGUAUUUUUAGAUACAUACUAUAUAAUGAACAGUUGAAUAAAGACAACACGUUGCUAACAGUGCAGUGAAGCAGUUAGUGUAGUGUCAGCCUGUGAAUGCUGUAUUUAGUGUAGUUACACUUGUCACCAACAGUAGGAGCCACUGCCCAUAUCAUACUGCAGUGAGAUUCACUAAUGUUUAAUCAUAUAUAACAGAACUGUAAAGUUGAGUCCAUACCCAUAUGCGGCUUGUGGCAGAUUUUUUUAAUGCAUAAUUUAUUACUAGCCUUUGAUAUUGGCAUGUUAGCUAAUAAAAGUUUCCCUAUAGCAUAGUAUUAAAUAUUUUUAAGAUAUUAAAGCCCACUGCUUCAUUGAUAUCUCCAUGUACUUAAGUGUUAUCAUAUUUUAUUAAGCUUUACAAAACUGUAUAAAGUGUAUUUUUGUGAGUAAAUGUGAGUCAUGUUAUAACACAAAGACAUGUAAUUACGUCAUUAUUCCAGCUGAAGUAUUUUCACACUUCAAUCCUGCAUCAUUUGCACAUUUUCAGGAAAGUGUGAACAUUUUAAUGUGCCAUUUUCAGUUCCAUAGGCCCACAGUCUCUUUUUCACCAACACGCACAAAACAGACACUGAGUCAUGCGUUACCAAUCAUUCUAUCCAUCCCUGAAAAAAGAAGCAGUGAAUACAAGGUUUGCUAUGUAUGUGUUAAAUUCUAUCUCCCUGUAAUAAUUUUAUAAUUUUGUAAUUAUAAACACUAGUCUGUAGCUAGUUUUACAAGUUACUGCACUUUAUACUUUCUAGUCAUUUUCAGAACAGCCAAUGCACUGGAAGUCUAUCAGCUUUCUUUCUCUUUGAAAAAUAGUGAAAAUUACAUAAAGCAACAGCAUCAUGAUUAUCAGUAUAUUACCUAACUACUGUACAAUAACUUAUAAAGCCUUGAUUUUUAAGGGGCGCCUGAAAGAAGAUUUAGAAUUUGCAGGAAGAAUUUUUUAACAUGCUUUGUGUGUAGCUUUAAUUUGUGACAAUAAAUGAUAAGUGCCAAUAUUUUUCACUGUAAAUGACCUCACGUUACUCAUGAGCAUUGCUUAUUCAAAACGCUGAAAUAUGUAUACUUCCACCUACAUGCAUUCACACUA